AGAAGAUGUGGUCAUCAUAUCAACAUCAGAAAUAAGAUUUGGAAAUGUGCGAUUCGAACUUUUACUUGACAUCAAAAAAAUAUUAGUAGAUUAAGUAUGCCGGUAGUAUAAUUUGUAAAUCAGAACUCGAUAGGCUCUUGCCACCAACAUUCAUUACGAAGCAUGGGUAAGAAACGGGCUGGAGAGAGGACGGAGCUAAAUUGUGAACAUUCGGCAAGUAAAAAAAGGCGAGUUGUGAGUAAACUCAAAGGACCUUCAAAUCCAAGAUCCAUUUCUUGGACCAAACUACCCUACCUGGUGUUGGUGGAAAUUUACAGGAAUCUGUCAGAGAUUGAUAAGGUGGCCAUGGCACAGGUAGUUUCAUGUUAUCUUGGUUGUUGAAGGGGUACAGUGUUGGAGUGGUACUGGUGUUGACUAGAUGUUCACUAUUUGAAUAUCAUAUGUUACGACCUAACUUGCCGAUCUAGAGCUUAAAAAUUUGGACCUUGCAAUCUUUAGGGAAAUAUAUUAUACUUAAAAGCAGGUCUGCACAACUCAAAAUAUAAGGCGGGCCGUAAUACUUUAUGAAAACCUUGUGCGGGACAAAAGAAAAUAGGACAAGGGAAACGCUAUUAAGAAAAUAAUAAAAAUAAAGAAUAUUUCGUUACUUCGCGGGCCACAAAGUGGGUGCUAGCGGGCCGCAUGUGGCCCGCGAGCAGUAUGUUGUGCACGUCUGCUUAAAACGAUACUCCAAAACAACACUGCAUGAUUAACCACUUACUAGAGUUAUGUAACCGUUUAGUUGAACCAUAUUCUGAAGCUGAAACGCCAGCACUAGAGCCUGGUAACUCGGUGUGAACGGAACUCUACCCAUCAAGCUCUUACUCCAACAGGCUAGACAACAACAGGGGCCUGAACUGUCGGCAUUACACACUGGGAAUAACAACAAAAAACAGUUGUAGCAUAUGCCUGUUAACUUCGUGUCCCAGACUUGAGCUUGCGGAGGUUAUGACGAGUCAUGUAUCAAAAUGGGACCUGGCACAAGUAACCAGGUGUAACUAAUUGUCAAUGUAUUUGCCGGGGCCUCAUAGAUCAAAUGGCCCCUCACAGAAUAUGUUUGUUAGUUGGUAAAAUCAUGAAAUUAUUAUUUUUGGACAUAAACAUUUAUUUUAUUUUUUUAAACAAAGCUUUUCUAUAUCAGGUGAAAGGUUUAAAGCUGUUGUUGAUUAGGGCUCAUUAAAAAUAUUUAGUACCCACUACUGCUACAGCAGGCCAAAGACUUACUGUUUGUCCGAAUAUUGUUAGCAAAGGUUAAGAUGGGUCGCCAAACGUUAGGUGAACUAACGCCAAAACUAAUAUUGGAAAUAUAAAACGUUUCUUUUCAGUGCAGUUGGGUGAGUAGGCCGUAAAAUAUGCGGCCUCACAACAAUGCUCGACUUGACGCGAACUGCCUUGACCUUUUGUUCUCUACUGUCUGUAUUCUCGGAGAAUAUCAGCUUCGUUUAUUUUUUCAAUCUAGAAGUACUACUAUUUAAACUUCUUUUAUCCAUAAGCCAUAUAGAUUCAAUUUUCAGGUAUGUCCCGAAUGGUGGAAUGCGUUCAAAAGUCCAGUAUUGUGGCGCACCAAACAUUUCAUAUUUGGUGGACCAGAUGCCAAAAAUGCAGGUGACUGGAUUGAUGUGUUGUUGUUUUUUUUUUCUAAUAAUUAAUGAGAUAUGAUUUGAAGUCAAACUAUUUUCAACUUGUGUCUUUGGUGGAAUCAAUCAGUUUGAGUAUAUUUUGUUUUUCUGUCUGUGACUAUAAUUUUAAGAUUAUAUAGCUAAUCCAAGCUCGCGCCUGUCAAUGGUUUGAGAAUAAAUGUUGUGAUGUUUGAUAUUACAGUAAAUGAUGUUCACCCGAAAUAGUGCCAACAUGAGUGAACAAGGCGUGAGAUUGUGGAUGAUAAGCGAGAGGGUAUAUUAUGUAGAGAGCGUUGUGUCAUAGGCGAGAGAGUUUUUUCAUAGUCAUCGGGGUGUAUCAUAUUCAAGGUGAAGAUUGUUGUGUUUCUGAGUCUGUUGGACGCAUUGUGAAGUAUUAUUUAGUUUGCAUAAUAUCUCUUGUAUUUGGAGGUAAUGCUACAUGACUAGUCAAUAUGUGUUGAAUUUAAUGAACUUAUUGCAUUAUAGGAUGGAGUUAGAGUUGUAGUGCAUUGGGCUAAUUUAUAGGAUACGUUGCACUAGUUAGAGGCGAUUGGACAGAUCAGCCUUGUCGUCUGACAGUAAGAUUAGAUAGAUAGUCAACCCUGAGAUCUACGGCUCGUCGUCGCCCUAUUGUAGAUAGAAUAUCAAAUGAAUAGAAUGUUUCUUUACGACAGGUAAGCGAGCAGUUCAAUAUGCUGAAAUGCUGGGCUCCUAUCUCCAGGAAGUUAGCAUCUCAUGUCGUCACGUCACAUCAAAUACGUGCAACGUCAUCACAGAAACUCUCGAAGCUUUCGCCAAAUGUCUAAGCAACGCACGAUUGAGACACUUCCAAAUAGAAGACCUUGAGCUUGAUCGAUUUUGGAAAUAUGCACAUCUCAGGUUUAACAUUGAAAAUUGCCUCGUCACAUUUUUUCAGGGACAACAUAACUUAGAGGCAAGUAGAUGUGAAUGGAGAAUCAAUUAUUAUGGAAUAUCACAAGCUAUUAUUUUUGUGAAUUUUAGUUGACGCGUACGAAUGGUAGGGACUUCAAAAGGUAGAAUUUUAAUGAAAGGAAGGACGAUAGAUCACAUUACUACAUUUAAAAUGAGGUGAGAGAGAUGUUUGAUUUAGAGGUGUCGGUCUGUAAUUUUAAAAAAAAAUCAGAUCCCCUAAUAUGUUUUCGAAAGGAUCUGAAGCUGAUUAGUAGCCGAGUUUAACCACUGUAGAAAAAGACGACUGCAAGUACUUUUUGGAUCUCACUUUCCAACAACCUACUCAUCCCCUUGAUUCUUGACAAAUUAGAUACACGUGAAUUAUUAUAUUAGCGCCAUAUUUGAUAUAUGUCUCUUUUAACUAUCGGCAGUUGCUUCAUGUUGCAGGUUGUUACAUUGGCGUCUGCACAAAUCGCUUUACUGUCAGGUACUGAGAUUCUUGAAGCUUUGCUGAAGUCAUCUGGUCAUUCUAUUCGUAUUUUAGAACUCAUGGACUUUUUCCACGGUAGACUCGCAGCUUAUCAGCUGAGCCGCUUCGUGCUGACCAUGAGUGUGAGUUAAUAACGAAGGGGGCUAGUAAAUAUGUGGUAAGAAAAAAGACGUAGCAUGAUAAAGAAGUUUGCUCAGUGGGUUGUAAUCAUUAUUCUAUUCAUGAUGAAUGGAAAUGCUCUGCCUAGUUAUAAGAUAAGAUAAGAUUAUUUUAUUGAUCUAAAUGAAUGAACGUGUAUUUUUAUUACAUUGUGCGUAUUAAUUUUCAGCAUAUGGAUAAAUAUUCGUAUUAAGAUAAGUUAUUAAACUAGAGUAAUUUAAAAUCAACCAUCACAUCAUAAAACUCAUUCCAUUGGUGAAAAUAUUAACUUGAAGAGUGAUUAUUUGAUUUUAUAAUUGCCGGGGAAAAAAUGGGGGGGGGGGGGGGGAGGAGGAGAGACUGGGCAUAUGGGACCAAUGAAUUUUUAUAUCUUUUGGUUCUUAAUUUGAGCAAAAGAAUUCGCCCUGAUCAAGUUGAUCUUAAGAAACUGGGAGGAAGUGGGUGGGAUGUUCCCUCCAUUUUUUUUUUAUUCUAAGCCGUUAAAGUUCUAAGCGAUUGGCUUAAAAUAACUCUUCAGGUGAAGGAAGUUUUGUGUGUGGGGCAUUAAUUAAUUGCUUUAUUGGUGUCUAUUUAAUCGGCGCUUGAUGAGAAACGGUGAAUUAUAUGUAAUGAAAGUGACUUUAAGAGAUCAGAGAGUGAGAGAAGAAGUAGAUAUAUAAUAUAAAUCACCGAUGGACUAUAUAAUUUGAAGGUAAAAUAGAUCAAUACGAAAGGCCUACGUAAACCGCCAUCUAGCAACUUUUGCUUUCGAAGGACAUUCAUUUAAGAAGCAACUCAAAAUUAUCAUAUUUUAAAGACUUGGGGCUAUAUAGGAUGAAAUUUAAAGCCGUUCAAUUGUUUUUCCAACAAUAUUUUCAGGGAUUUUCUAAUUUGGAAAAGGUCACUCUGAACUACUGCUGCGUGUGUAAUGAACUUCUGCAGCACUGGGCCAAGUCUCUGCAGGGAAAACUCAGACACCUCACCAUCAAGGCUGGUGCUGAUGAGCCUCAUUGUGAGUGUUGUCCGAUUUCCUUAAAUUCAUGUGUACAUCAGCUUUUAAUAUACACCUAGUUAACUAGGAGAGAAAAUUGAUUUAAGAUUAUCAUACGAUCCCGUGUUUUAAUAUUUUUUAUUGUUUUAACUGAAAUAAAAAUUAUUCAAGUCGCACAUUUGACAUUUAAAACAGUAAUAAUCAAACUUUUUAAACAAUUUAUAAAACGAAAUCUUGAUAUAAAAAUUGGCUUAAAUGGGCGACCAGUUUGAUGAGGUGAUUAACGUUGUGAACUAUCGUGCACUACCCGUGACGUCCAUUCACUGCUCCACAGCGCACACUCUAACGAAUGAGACGUGGCAGAGGUUGGUCGCUGCGUGCCCCAAGCUGACAGUUGAAGUGGCUCUUUUUGGCAUCGCUCACGCCAAUGCUGUCAUCCCUAUGCUGUCGCCUUACAUCCCGCUGGUUGGAUUUACAAUGUGGUCUGGAUAUGAUGACGACAUAGAAUGGCAGGUCUGUCUUUAA